GAUAGAUUUCCUGUUCUACUGCUGACCUCCUUCAUUUCAGCUCCCCUCACUUCAUUUAGUCAGUGAGUAUGACUUAACUGGUUUGUUAACGAAUGUACUUGUGGGCCUACUUCAAGAAAGCCUGCUUUGUUUGCUGAAGGAUCUAUCACUCAGAGGACAGACUGUACAGAGAAACAGCAUUACAGUUUGCUGAAAAGACACUGACAAUAUCCUUGGAGGGAACUAUCCUCUGGGUUAUCAUUGGCCACUAUUACAACUUACAAUUAUCUUUUCAUUAAGGAGCAUUGAAAGACCAACGGUGUUGACAGUUACCACACUUAACUGACUGUAUCAGGGUGCUCACUUAUCACAUCAACAGUCAAAUCAAGGCUCGCUAAGAAAUACUGAGAACUUCUCUGUAACAGAGAGGAGACUUUAUAUUAAAUGAUGGGAGCGGCGCGUGUGAAACGCCGCUUCAGUGCUGUGGUGGAUGGGCCAGUGGAGGAGGAGGAGGUCAUGAGGCUGGCACAGAGUGCUGCAGAUACGGCUAGGGCAGGGGGGAGCCCAACGGGGUCAGGGACCCCAAGCAGCCCCUCCCCAACCCAUGCCCUCAACGGCAAAGCUCUGCCUUUUCAGAGCAACACCAGCAAUGCACGGAGGCAGAGUGCCAUUGGAGAGUCAGUUGGGGGAGAUGCAGGAGGAGAAGGCGGGGUGAGAGCAGGAGGAGAGUGCUCCGGGCUAAGGAGUGGAAGAGGCAGUAGUGGAGGAGGAAGAAGGGAAGGCCGUUCAUCCUCAGACCAGGAUUCACUCUCUUCCCCCUCCACUACAAGCCGCCGGCGCAUCAGGCGCUCAAGCCGCCGGCCCCGACAACGCUUUGUGGGCAAGGACGGACGCUGCAACGUCACCUUCGUCAACAUGAGCGAGAGGGGCCAGCGAUAUCUCAGUGACCUCUUCACCACCUGUGUGGACAUCCGCUGGCGUUGGAUGCUGGUCAUCUUCACCCUCUCCUUCCUUCUCUCCUGGCUUCUCUUUGGAUUUGCCUUCUGGCUCAUUGCCUCUGCGCAUGGGGACCUCUCCAUUCGGCUUAUCCCCAGCACAGGUUCCUCUCUGGGAUCAGGAGAGGCUGGUUCUGGAGGAGAGUCUGAUAGAGAGGCAGUUGUUGAGGAGCCAUGCUUCCUCCAAGUGAACAGCUUCAUGGCGGCCUUUCUAUUCUCCUUGGAGACGCAGACAUCCAUCGGUUACGGAUUCAGAAGCGUGACUGAAGAAUGCCCCCUGGCGGUGGUGGCGGUCGUUUUGCAGUGCAUUGUGGGCUGCAUUAUUGACGCCUUCAUCAUCGGGGCAGUCAUGGCAAAGAUUGCCAAGCCCAAGAAGCGCAACGAGACACUGGUGUUUUCCGAAACAGCCGUGGUGGCACUAAGGGAUGGAAAACUCUGUAUGAUGUGGAGAGUUGGAAACCUACGCAAGAGCCACCUGGUAGAGGCUCAUGUCAGAGCACAACUACUGAAGCCAAGGGUGACACCAGAGGGAGAGUUCCUCCCACUGGACAAUGUAGACAUCAACGUGGGGUUUGACACUGGCACUGACCGCAUCUUCUUGGUCUCACCUGUCACAAUUGUCCACGAGAUCAAUGACGAGUCACCCUUCUUCGAGAUGGACCGAAAGACACUUGAAAAUGACUCUGAGUUGGAGGUAGUGGUCAUACUCGAGGGAAUGGUGGAGGCCACAGCCAUGACAACACAGUGUCGUAGCUCCUAUCUGGCUUCCGAAAUCCUCUGGGGACACCGCUUUGAACCAGUGCUCUUCGAGAGGAAAGACUGCUACCAGGUGGACUACUCGUUCUUCCAUCGGACAUAUGAAAUCCCUAACACACCUUCUUGCAGUGCUAAAGAGCUGGCUGAGCAAAAAUACAUUCAAAGCUCACGCUCCUCAUUCUGCUAUGAGAAUGAAGUGGCUCUGCAACUCGUCUCCCCGGAUGAUGAACCUGACCAAGACCCUGAGUGUCCCUCCCCACCGACACGAAGGCAGUCCCUGGCAGAACAUCUCCACUACAACUGAACUUGUAGCAGCAGACCUGGAGGGAAAGAGAGAGGAAACUGACCCACAAGUUUAGAGGAAGUACAGGCAAAAAGAGAGGUUUAGACAGAUAGGAAUGAGCAAACCAAGAGAGACAAGAUUAAAAGUAGAUAGGACCAUGAUUUUGUCAGUGUCAGGAUUGUUUACAGUAAUUAGACAGGAGAGAAGCUCCAGAAUAGGAGCAGGUUAAGAGAUCCAUUAGAGGUUUGCAAGAUUUAGAUGAGUACUAUUGUAUGGAUUUGACAAUUUUUCAUAGAAAUAGAAAGGAAAUGGACAGAUAGAAAAAGAAUGUGAGGUUUGGGUCAGUCUGCUGGGGAGAUGAGUUACUACACUGGCCUAGUUGUCUGAUUGGCCCUGGCAAUCUUUCAUAAUCAUUGAAAACUUGUCUGCUAAGUCUCACAUCUGGCUCAUCACUAUCACAGCACACUCAUCUGGCUCUGAUGCCUGACUGACAGGGUAUG